AAAUGUAAGGAAAUCUCCCAGGCUGUGACUGGUGUUGGUUGGAGUGCUUCCCAUGAAUAACACUGUGCGAUGAGCCAGUUCUUCUGGAUGAAGAGAUGGAACUGGUGCUUGUCCUCCUCCUGGCUGUUACAACCGUGUCUGGGUGUGGUGUACCCAUCUACCAGCCCAACACCACCCGUGUGGUGAACGGGGAAGAAGCCCUUCCAUACAGCUGGCCAUGGCAGGUUUCUUUAGAGUCGUUCUUUCCCACUUGUGGAGGAACACUUAUCGCUCCCAACUGGGUCUUGACUGCUGCACACUGCAUCACAUUUCACACGUACAGGGUGGUUCUUGCUGAGCAUGACAUGAACAAGGAGGAGGGACCUGAACAGUCCAUUAUGGUGGCAAAAAUGUUCAUCCAUCCCAAAUGGAACAAUAACUGUGUGUCUUGUGGGAAUGACAUUGCCCUACUUAAGCUGGAGAAAAGUGCUGUUAUCAAUGACAAAGUUCAGCUGGCUUGCCUGCCACAGAAUGGGGUUUCUCUUGCCCACAACCAGCCCUGCCAUGUCACAGGCUGGGGUCGUCUCUACUCUAGUGGUCCUUUGGCAACUACACUACAGCAGGCCCUACUGCCUGUGGUGGAUCACAGUAUCUGUGGUCAAAGUGACUGGUGGGGUAGCUCAGCAAAGACAACAAUGGUCUGUGCAGGAGGAGAGAGCAAGUCAGCAUGCCAUGGCGACUCUGGAGGCCCUCUGAACUGUAAGGGCAGCGAUGGUAAGUGGUAUGUACAAGGAGUGACAAGUUUUGUUGACGGACGGGGCUGUAAUACCCCUCGGAAGCCCACAGUCUUUACCCGGGUGGCCAGUUUCAUCCCCUGGAUCAGUGCGACCAUGGCCCAAAACUGAAGACAUUUCCACAACUGAAGAAGUGGCUGAUCAAUAAACUGUGUUAAUGACA